CAUGGCAACACCGGAAACUCGUCGACGACCGAAUAUCCUGGUGACUGGAUCACCCGGAACUGGAAAAUCAACGCUCGGACAACAAGUUGCUGAGAAGCUUGGAUUUGUAUUUAUUGAGGUCAGCAAAGAAGUUCGAGAAAACAAUUUGCAAGGAGAUUUCGAUGAGCAAUACAACUGCCACGUUCUCGACGAGGAUAAGCUUUUGGAUCACAUUUCAGAUCGUUUGGACAGUGAUGAAGGUGGUAUCGUUGUCGAUUAUCACGGAUGUGACCUUUUUCCAGAAAGAUGGUUCGACGUGGUCGUAGUUCUUCGAUGCCCCACAGAAAAACUGUAUGAUCGUCUACAAUCUCGUGGAUAUUCUGAAUUCAAGAUUAAAGAAAAUGUAGAAUGCGAGAUUUUUGGAACUCUCUUGGAAGAAGCCAGAGAGUCGUAUAGUGAAGACAUCGUCCAUGAACUUCAAUCAGAAACAACUGAACAAAUGGAGGAAAACUUGGAAAGAAUCUGCGAACUUGCCGGAGAGUUCAAAAAUGAGCACACCAUGGAGCAGUGAUUUCGGAUUUUGAAAUUCAUUGUUUUCACUCUUUAAUCUUACAUUUUUUUGUUUUUGUUGUUGUUGUCGUCCUGUUUUUUUUUGAAUUUCCAUCAUAUUUCAUUUUUUUCCCCUAUCCAAAUACAUAUAUUUUUUGCAC